GUUCUGUGGGGCGCUUGUCUCAGAACGACAUAGUGCUUAUCGAUAGCUCGAGGUAACGUCGUAGUCCGUACGUGCUUUUUCGACUCAAAAUCGACCGCAGAUUUCUCCUUCGUGUCCCAACCGCAGCUUUUGAUGACCCAGGGCUGCUUAACGGCGUAAACCAGAGUUGAAGAAAUUGCAUUUUCUUUUCCUAAGACCCAUUAGCUGUUGAAAGAAUGUGUCGGUCGCCUCUGCAUCCCUUUCUGAAUAAGUUACCCAAGGCCGAGCAUCAUGUCCAUCUCGAAGGAGCCUUGAGUGUACCUCUUCUUUUUGAGCUUGCAAGCCGUAAUAACAUUGCUUUACCUAAAGAUGAUGCAGUUUUUGCGUCCCAAGAGACUCUUUCGGCCCGCUAUGAACGUUUCACGUCACUGGAUGACUUCCUUCAUUUCUAUUACAUCGGGAUGUCUGUUCUGAUCCAUCAAGGCGACUUCGAAGCUCUUGCAUGGGACUACUUUCAGCGAGCGUCGGCGGAUGGCGUCCACCACGCUGAAGUCUUCUUCGAUCCGCAGGCCCAUACUUCUCGUGGCGUUCCAUAUUCGACUAUUCUUUCUGGCUUCAACGCCGCUCGCAAUCGUGCUCAGACCGAGCUGGGUAUCAGCACCGAACUGAUCUGCUGUUUUCUAAGACAUCUGCCGGUCCCAGACGCCUUGAAGACUUUUGAUGACGCAGACGUGCAGGCCAGCUUUUCAGACGGCCAUAUCAAAGGAAUUGGUUUAGAUUCGAGUGAGCUUGAAUAUCCCCCAAACUUGUUCGUGGAAUUAUUCGAGAAAGCCGGAAGGCAGGGCUUGCGCCGGACCGCACAUUGGGGCGAGGAAGGCCCGGCUUCUUACAUCGCCAGCGGAAUUGAGCUCCUAGGAAUUGAGCGUAUUGACCAUGGUAGGGCGCUUGCAGACGACGAGGACCUCAUGCGCCGGGUUGCGGCGAGCGGCACCAUGCUCACGGUGUGUCCUAUAAGCAAUGUUGUGCUAAAGGGAGUGCCUUCCAUCAAGGACUUGCCCAUCCGUAAAUUCUUAGAUGCUGGCGUGAACUUCAGCAUCAACAGCGACGAUCCCGCUUAUUUUGGCGGGUACAUCUUGGACAACUAUUGUGCUGUCCAUGAAGCAUUCGAUCUGAGCAUCGCGGAGUGGACUCAAAUCUGUCGGGCUGGCAUUGAGGGGAGUUGGUGCGAUGAUGCAAGAAAGAGCGAGAUGCUGGCGGCGCUGGGCCGGGUGGUUGAUGAAUGGAAGUAACAGUCUGUGUGAACAUGCUUACCGUAUACUUAGCUUUGUGUACAUAUCACUCUCUUGAUUUCUUGAUGCCUGCCUUCUUUCUGCAGGUGUACUUCCCCUUUUCCGUCGACAUAUCCCUCUCUGCAUCUUUCGGUGAUCUCAUCUCUUUGCUUUUUGUCUCUACUGCUAGUCAGUCUCGAUAACCUUCAUUGCUUGUCGUCAUCGCUGCU